CCGUGAAGCCAUGGCCGAGAAGGAAGGCGGCGUCGUGAAGGAGGGCCACGAGGAGGGCAUGAGGCAGGCGCUGUCCCUCCUGGAGGAGUUCGGCCUCCCCAUGGGCCUCCUCCCGCUGGCCGACGUCGUCGAGGUGGGCUUCGUGAGUGCCACCGGCUACAUGUGGAUCGUGCAGAAGAGCAAGGUGGAGCACAACUUCAAGAUGGUGAGCAAGCUCGUGAGCUACGACAAGCUGAUCCACGGCUACGUGGAGAAGGGCCGUAUCAGGAAGCUGAAGGGAGUGAAGGCGAAGGAGCUGCUGCUGUGGCCUCCCGUCCACGAGAUCACCAUGAACGAGGACCCGGCCACCGGGAAGAUCCACUUCAAGAGCCUCGCAGGCGUCACCAAGACCUUCCCUGUCGAGGCCUUCGCCUUGGGCCAGUAGGGGAGGAGGAGCUGUGUUUUGCCCUUCCGUCCAUGGAGUGGUUGGGUGGGUGUUACUACUACUAGUUUCUGAUCUCUGUUUGGGGGGUCACAAAGGGAAUAAGAAAACAUGGAGAAGAAGGCUCUCUGUUAUUAUG